UCUGUCUUCAGUGGAAGGAAAUGAUGAAGCUAUCUUAUCGAGGAGUUUCUAUGGUCUUGCCAAUAACAAGCAUCAAAUGGAAGACGUCUUUCUACUCUUGGAUGGAGGUUCACCAAUAUUUGAAGGUUAUAUAGAGAGAGGGGAAAGAGAUGGUGGUUGAAGAUGUAGUUAUAUUAAAUCGUUAUUGCAUAUGGACGAACGAAGAAGGGAGGACUUAGAAAUGGACUGCUUGGUCAAAGUGUUCGAGAAAGUUGGAAUGGAGUCACUGCUUUUGGAUGUUCCUUUUGUGUGCAAGUCAUGGUACAAGCCGACCCUCAAUCCUUCAUGCUGGCAACUGCUCAUUUUCCCAGACAACAAAUGUAUUGAAGUCUGGCCUUGGGAUGUGUCUGAAUGCCCGGAUUUUCAAAAUCUUAUGGACAGAUUUGCGAGUGAGUAUGAUAUUGAUGGGGAUCGUUGCUCUGUCACCGCUUUUUUAAAGUUUGUGAUCAAUCGGAGCAGUGUAAACGCUACUGUGCUCAAGCUUCCCAAAUGCUGCACAGUAGAAGCCUUUGAAUUUGCUGCAAAUGUGUGUCCUGGCCUUGUGACCUUGAGUUUACCAGGAGAUUUAUUGGACAGCAAACACACGGACGUGAGGCUUAUUGGCGAAAAUACUUGCAAUUAUACAAAAACAUUGCAAGAAUCAAAGGCUCUGUUCAUGGACGUGAGGCAUUGUCAAUUUUGAAGUUGGUGCCUAAUAUCAAGUACUUAAAUUUGAAGGGUGCAAAAGUUAAUUGGGAUGGUCUUGUAACGUUGCUGCUCGGAUGCAAAGAUCUGGUGAUGUUGGACGCCAGAGAUUGUUCUAGUUUCGAUGAGAACGACGAUGAAAUAUCAAAGCUUGCGUAUCGUAUUAGUAAAUUUAUGUGCGAGGGUUCUGAAUUUCCUGAAUUUCUUCGUGGUAAGGACAAUUUUGUUCUUCCUGUUGAUGGAUACUCAUUUCAUUUGCAUGUGGAUGAGACGUGGGAUGAAAUGCUCAAUGAUUUGCGCGAUGCGUUCAAUGAUUUGGGCGACGAGGAAUGAAGAACUAUUUGAUUGUACUAAGUGAUAUCUCAUGUUUUUUUAUAUUUACAACACUAAUGAGCAAUUAUGUGUGUCGAGUGUGGUGUGGUGUGGUGUUCAUCUUGUGUUUUUGGACAUUGUUACUCUAACGAGGGCUUGUUAUAAGUUCCUAUCUUGAUUUCAUUAUAAGAUGUUUGCUUAAUUUGGAAAA